AUGGACCUCGACACCGGAGCCUCCCCGUGGGGCGAUGAGCCGUCACAUUCCCUGGAUAGCCAUAGCAAACCAAAGAACGGUAUCCAGGAUAGUGGGUUCUCUCUUCCUGCAGCUCCCGCCCAGGUCGCUCCAUCAGCUGGUAGCCCGGAAGUUCGAACACCCGGAAGACGAGUCCCGCGAGGAACGCGCAAGAUCAGCGCACAGGCUACAAGAUUGGAAGCCGUCGAUAACACUGUCGAUCCGCUUGGCCCGUUGGGAGAAGCGACGGCCGACGCGAGUGCGACUCCUUCCGACGAGGCCCCCGCCCCUCCCCAGAAAGAAUCGCUCGCUGCUCGCAGCCCUCAACCGCCAUCAACUUUCUCCCAGACCUCGAGUGGGGCCGGCCUCGCGGACUCGGUGACCCUGGAAGAAGAUGGUGCUGGUUUCCGAGGCCCUCCGCCUGUGCAGCCCCCGGUCGAUUUCGAGGGACUGAAGCGGCAAUCGCAACCCAGCAUGAGCGUAGAGCAAGCUGCGAAACCAACAUUUGACAUUAGUGUGGGAGAUCCACACAAAGUGGGAGACCUGACAAGUAGUCACAUUGUUUACCAAGUUCGGACAAGGACAACGUCCAAGGCAUACCGCCUACCCGAGUUCUCAGUUAGCCGCCGGUACCGUGACUUUCUCUGGCUUUACAACUCUUUGCACAAUAACAACCCCGGUGUGGUUGUUGCUCCGCCCCCAGAGAAACAGGCCGUAGGCCGCUUUGAUACAAACUUUGUGGAGUCGCGGCGAGCUGCUCUCGAACGGAUGCUGAACAAGAUUGCCUCUCACCAGAUCCUCCAGCAGGAUGGCGACUUAAAGAUAUUCCUGGAAAGUGAAGCCUUCAACGUUGACGUUAAGAAUAAGGAGAACCGGGAGCCUGAUCUCGGACAGAGCAAAGGCAUGUUCAGCACCUUUGGUAUUUCGGUUGGCGGAGGCGGCAAGUUUGUAGAGCAUGACGACUGGUUCCAUGAUCGGAAGAUCUAUUUGGACGCGCUAGAGACCCAGCUCAAGGCGCUCCUUAAAUCUAUGGACACCGUGGUCGCGCAACGGAAAGGACUCUCCGAGGCCGCAGGCGAUUUCUCAAGCUCGCUUCAUGCCCUCGCUGCUGUUGAGCUUUCCCCGGCAUUGGCAUCUCCCUUGGAUGGUCUGUCCGAGCUCCAAUUCCGGAUUAAAGAACUCUAUGAACGCCAAGCACAACAGGACGUCCUCACUUUGGGCAUCACAAUUGAUGAAUACAUUCGCUUGAUCGGUAGUGUGAAGACCGCAUUUUCUCAACGGCAAAAGGCCUUCCACAGCUGGCAUGCUGCAGAGUCGGAUCUACAGAAGCGCAAAAACACCCAGGAAAAGUUGCUCCGGCAGGGCAAGUCUCAACAGGAUCGGUUGAAUCAGGCCAACGCGGACGUCGCCGAUGCGGAACGCAAGGUACACCAAACCCGACUUCUGUUUGAGGAUAUGGGCCGCUUGAUGCGGGGCGAGCUGCAGAAAUUCGAGAAGGAGAAAGUGGAGGAUUUCAAAUCUGGUGUGGAAACGUUCCUGGAGAGUGCCGUUGAGGCUCAAAAGGAGCUGAUCGAGCUUUGGGAAACAUUCCUCCUACGCUUAGAUGCUGGGGAGGACGGUGUUCCAUAUUAUAUGCCUGAACCAGCGGCCGGAGAGAUCGGCGAGGCUUCCGCCCCUGAUUCGGCGGCAUCAGCCAUUGAGCCUGCACAUAUAACCGAAGAUGACGCGUGA